AUGUUUGUUCGACUAAAAAAAACUUUAGAAGGUCUUUUAUACGAUAAUACGAUUGAAGAAGAACAUUAUCGUAAGAUAAGACAGAAGUCCUCGUCGGGAUCUGCUAUUACUGUUGGUUUGGUUGCUGCAGUUGGUGGGUUUUUAUAUGGAUACGAUACUGGAUUAAUUAAUGAUUUACUUGAAAUGACUUACGUUGAGAAAAAUAUUUCAAGUAAUGGGAUUAAUUUCAAUGUCCAUGAAAGAGCAUUAUUAACCGCAGUGUUGAGUUUAGGAACAUUUGUUGGUGCAUUAGUAGCACCAAUAUUAUCUGAUAGAUAUGGAAGAAAAUUUUCAAUAGUUUUAUCAUCAGCGAUAAUUUUCAAUAUCGGUAAUAUUUUACAAGUUUCAGCAUCGGAGGUUAAUCUAAUGUGUAUUGGCAGAGCCGUGAGUGGAUUAUCGGUUGGAAUAUUAUCGGCGAUUGUUCCACUUUAUCAAGCUGAAGCAUCCCCCAAAUGGGUUAGAGGUUCAAUUGUUUAUACUUAUCAGUGGGCCAUUACUUGGGGGUUAUUAAUUGCCAGUGCGAUUUGUCAAGGAACAAGAAAAUUAACUAAUAGUGGUUCAUAUAGAGUUCCGAUUGGUUUACAAUUUGUUUGGUCAUUAUGUUUAUGUAUUGGGAUGUUUUUCCUACCAGAAAGCCCUCGAUUCUAUGUUCAAAAAAAUGAUAUUCAAAAAGCUUUAGAUAGUUUAACUAAAUUAAGAAGAUUACCUCAUGAUGAUACUGAUUUGAUUGAAGAAUUAGUUGAAAUUAAAGCCAAUUACGAUUAUGAAUUAAGUUUUGGUAAAACUACAAUAUUAGAUUGUUUUAGAUCGGGUGGUGCUAGACAUAAGCAAACUUUGAGAAUUAUAACUGGGAUCGGAGUCCAUGCAUUCCAACAAUGUUCUGGGAUUAAUUUUAUCUUUUAUUAUGGAGUUAAUUUUUUUGCAAGUUCUGGGAUGAAAAAUUUUUAUUUGAUGAGUUUUGUAACAUAUCUUGUAAAUACUGUAUUUACAAUUCCCGGUUUAAUUUUAGUUGAUAUAAUUGGAAGAAGAAAGUUAUUAAUUGGUGGUGGUAUUGGUAUGGCUUUUUGUAAUUUUAUUAUUGCAAUUAUUGGUGUUACAGUCAAACAUAAUGAAAUUAAUUCAAUUAUUUCAAUUAGUUUUAGUUGUGGAUUUAUUGCUUGUUUUGCAUCUUCUUGGGGUGGUGCAGUUUGGGCAAUUGCUUCGGAUAUUUACGGUAUAAGUAUUAGACAAAAGGCAAUUGCAAUAACUGCUGCUACUAAUUGGUUAGUUAACUUUGUUUUCGCUUAUAUCACUCCAUAUUUAAUUGAUACUGGUAAACAUACUGCAGCUUUAGGUAAUCGAAUUUUUUUCAUUUGGGGUGGACUAAACACUCUAGGGGUUAUAUUUGUUUAUUUCAUGGUUUAUGAAACAAAAGGUUUAAAAUUAGAGGAAGUCGAUUAUAUGUAUCAAAAUUGUGCAAACUCAAGAGUAUCAACAAAAUUCAAAUCGGGGAAAUUG